CGGCCGGAGUCCGGAUGUGGCCUUGAAGAACUACAACUCCCAUAGUGCCCCGCGCGGCGGGGGACCGGAAGUGGCCCUCCGACGCCGUCUCCAUAGCAACGGCAGAGCGGGCCGCCAUGGGGCAGGACUACUACGCCGUGUUGGAGCUGGGCCGCGGCGCCACGGACGCCGAUAUCAAGAAGGCCUAUCGGAAGUUGGCCUUGAAGAACCAUCCUUUAAAAUGCAAGGAACCCUGGGCCCCGAAGAGGUUUCGGCAACUGGCGGAGGCCUACGAUGUGCUCAGCGACCCCAUGAAGAAAGGCAUCUACGACAAGUUUGGAGAAGAGGGGCUCAAAGGUGGCAUUCCCUUGGAGUUUGGCGGCGAGAACCCCUGGACCGAAGGCUACGUGUUUCACAACAACCCUGAGAAAGUCUUCAGGGAAUUCUUUGGUGGAGACAACCCCUUUGCGGAGUUUUUUGCUGAGGAUGGCUCAGAGUUGAUCCCGCCCUUCGGGGGGCUGCAAGGACGAGGAACGAUGAAGCAAGACCCCCCAGUUGUGCGGGAUCUCUACCUCUCCCUUGAAGACCUGUUCUAUGGCUGCACCAAGAAGAUCAAGAUCUCCCGCAGGGUGAUGAAUAAAGAUGAUCAAACGAGCACUAUCAGAGACAAGAUCCUGACCAUCGACGUGCAGCCGGGGUGGAAGCAGGGCACCAGGAUCACCUUUGAGAAGGAAGGAGACCAGGGUCCAAAUGUCAUUCCAGCUGACAUCACCUUCAUAGUCCAAGAGAAGCUCCACCCAAGGUUUAAAAGAGCCGACGACAACCUCAUUUAUGUCGCCACCAUCCCCCUGGGAAAGGCGCUGAUCGGCUGCACGGUGGAGGUGAGGACGUUGGAUGGGAGGCUGUUGAACAUCCCCAUCAACGACAUCGUGGACCCCAAAUACUGUAAAGUGGUGCCAGGGGAGGGGAUGCCCCUGCUCCAGGACCCCCGGCGCAAGGGUGACCUCCACAUCUACUUCAACAUCUGCUUUCCCAAGAAGCUCACGCGUGACAAGAAGGCGCUCUUGAAAAGUGCUCUCCUGUCCUAGGGGACAAGGACCGUUCCGUUCUCCUUCCACCAAUAAAGCUCUGGAACUGGGACUGUGAUGGGGUAGAGGUUGUUCCCACCACCCUAAAACACGGCACCCUUGAGGUUGUUUCUCCUGGGACUUGGAUCCACCUGGUUUUUUGGACUCUUCUCCGUAGCUGCCACCCCACAGCAGUGGCACCACAGGGAUGCGGAGGAUGAUGGAGAAUUUUGGAGAUGGGUUGGAGUACUCUCGUGUGUGGGAACGGCGAUGGUUUGGGGGUGACGGUUCACAAGGUGGUGAGUGAAAGACCAAAACCAGGGAAGAAACAACCACUCAAGGGAUUUACUCAAGGUCUCGCCACGCUGGACACAGCUUUCUCCUUGACUUGGGCCUGGCAGAUGCGAUCUCCUUCAGCAUCUGUGAGUGAGGCACCACCAGGAAGGUGGCAAUACCAGCAUCGGGCUUUGGAGAGGACCUCCUGCCAGCCACAUGUGGCCACCAGGCCCUGUUUCAGCUGCUCAUAGGUGAUGAACGUCAUGAUGUUCCAGGAGCCAAGUCACAGGAACAAGGCCAUGAACCUGCCAGGGCCAGCACAUCCCAUCCCAGAGUGAUGGUGCCUCCACCCCAGAAGUGGCUGCAUUUUGGAAGAGGAUCAAAAAGGGUGGCAAACCCCUUGUGGAAAGCCUUGAACCCCUCGUUUCUCAGCAGAGUGAUAGAACAUCUCCUGAUGCUUCCAUACUGCCCAGGAGCAGCGUUCAUGUACCUCAUCUUCACCACGUCCACGGGGAAGAUGACAAGUGUGGCUCAGAAGCUGGCCCUGAAGGCAGAGGUGAAGCUGUAGGAGAUGUUUUCUGCCCAGCAAGAGCCACAGGAGGGUUGUGAGACUGGAUUAUUUUGGAGGUACAACCCAGGAGCUCCCUCCCUGGGCAGAUGCUCUGGGUGGAAAUUGGCUGCAGCCUCCACAGCAGAGCCAGGGGCCUCACCGCUCGAGAGGUGGGAUUUGAGCAGCACGUCCUUCAUGAGAUCAGAGGUCACCAGCCCACCACAGUUCACCACGGUGCUGUGGACAAUACUGGGGGAUGUUCCUGCAUGGACCAGAGUGGUCAGAGGUGGUGGGACAGCCAUCCCAGCGUGGUCCCUGGGGGCUGCACCCACCUCACCACAGCCCACGGACAUCCUCCUCCUCAGUGAUGGUCCUGUAGGCAUCUGUGGUGACCUGAUAAUGCUGACCACCCUCCCUACCAUCUUGGAAAUGUGCUUUCACCAUAUCUGUGGGCUGGGUGAAGGUCACCACCAUGGUCGCUGUGCUCAUCUGCAGCCACAUUUUGGCCAUGUCUAGGGAGGAAGGUGACAAGGUUGGCCACGCAGGUGGCCAUCUUGGCUCCAACAAACUUCAUGGUGGCUGCUGGAGGCAUCUCAUGAGGUUUGACCACCCAACCACGGCGGGGGAGGCUGGUGGAGAAGGGGACAAAAAUGGAGGGGGUUUGUCCUAUCUUAGGAGAGCUGGGGCUGUCCAGGGGGGAAGGUGACGAGGUUGGCCACGCAGGUGGCCAUCUUGGCUCCAACAAACUUCAUGGUGGCUGCUGGAGGCAUCUCAUGAGGUUUGACCACCCAACCAUGGCAGGGGAGGCUGGUGGAGAAGAGCUAGAAGGGGUUGGGUGGAGAAGGACAAAAAUGGAGAGGGUUUGUCCCAUCUUAGGAGAGCUGGGGCUGUCCAGGGGGGAAGGUGAUGAGGUUGGGGUGAGGAGAAGGGUGGGAGAGGUGCCCCCCGUGGGUGCCACGCCCCCCCGGGAGGUGGGAGGACGUAGGUUGGGGUCUCCAGCUGCAGGGAUUGGGGGGGUGGUUGUGGAUUGGGGACCCCUGGGGAUUGGGGACCCCCAGGAGGAGUUGUGGGGGGGAGGCUUGGCAAGGAGUUGGGGUUCUCCAGGAGAGGACAUGGGAGUCCCCAGCAGAUCCUAAGGGUGUGUGGGGUCUCCCAGCAAGGACAUGGGGGUCACCAGGGAUGGACCCCAGAAGAGCCCGGGUAGAGAUGGGGGGGGUUCAAGGGUAAUGGCUGCUCCGCCCCCAGAGCGGGAGGACCUGGGUUCGAGACCCGACCACGCAGGUUAACUAGAGGUCCCCCAUGAGGAGUUGAGGUGGGGUGACCAUCACCAUGGCCUCAAGGCUGCGUGCCCCAUUGUAGGUGGAUGAGCCCUCCUUGGAGCUGGGGGGGCCUCCCACAUGGAGGGGGACCAGCAGCUCUUUGAAUCCAUGGGUGGCACCUCCCCUAAAGCUGAUCGCCGAUAGCACAGGACACUCAGGAAAACUUUUGGGUGAGGCCUGGUUUGACUUUCCAACGGCACCUCAGGGUCAAGAGAAUGACCCUAAUCCCUUCUUUCCCCCCCAAAAAAAAACCCCCAUGGAGCUCUGGCUGCGAUCAGACCCCAUAGGGGCGGUUUAUUGGAAGCGUCGGUGAGGAAUAACAGGAACCACCACAUCCCCCAGCCCUCAACUCACUCCCACCUGCCCAAACCACUGUCGGGAAGCUCUUCCCGGUUGGAAAAACCCUAAAAACACCUUUUUUUUCCUCCCUAAAGUUCCCUCUGGGCACCUCCGUUCUCCAACGUUUCUCCACAAAUGGCAUCGUUCCUCCUUCCGUCUCGCCGGUCCCUCUCGGGGUGUCCCCAUCGGGCUGUGAGGGGUUGUGUGUGUGUUGCUGCUCCCUCGUCGCUCCAGCAAUUAAUAUAAUUUACACUUGUGUCUCGUCAA